UAGAUUCAAAUGGCUUCUUGAAACUUUGAACCGUAGCCGGAACAACAAAUUCCAAUUUCAAAUCCAUGAAUGCGAAGACAAUUUUCUGAACCAAAUCAUCAAAUUUACUGCUGGGUUUCUUCUUCUCAUGGCUUCUGAUACUCCUCGAGCACGCAUUGAUCAAUUCUUUGCUUCAAAAAAGAAGAGGAAGUCCUUAUCACCGAGUCUGAAACCUGCAAGAGCCAAGAAAGAUGUUAAGACUACACAGGAAGGGUCUCCUUCCACUAAAGGUUCAUUGGAUGGGUAUUUAGUGACUUCUCAGGAUGAUAGUAAAUCUUCACACAUAGCUAGAGGCACACCGGUUAAGAGAAACCUGACGUUAGAGAUCGGUCCAUAUCUAAAAGAUGAAAAUAAAGAGAGUACUUUGUUGGACAAAGCACAAUCUACAACUUCUGAAACAAAAACUUCAAAGGAGAAGUCUGAUAUUCCCUCCGACUCACAUGUUGUUGAAAAUAAAGGCCAUGGAAAAGAUGUCUUGGUUACUACACAGGUUAAUGGAAACUCAGAACUUAAGCAGUUUGCUACGAACUUCUUGUCAUUAUAUUGCAGUGAACUGCCAUCUAGUUUAAGUUUACCUUCAGCACAGCGUGAGGGUGCUAGUAAAAGGAGUGGUAGCCCUCCCAUUCUUGAUGUGGAUAAUAAGAAUGCAAAGAGAAUCCGCUGCAUCUCGAGUGAAAAUAAUUCUAACAUCAACAGAAGAUCUAAUUUUGAGUGCACAGCUUUAAAUUCUAUUGAGAUAACUGAGGGGAAUACAUCAGGUGAAGCUCGGAUGAGCUUGAGAAAAUGUAACAAUGUACCUGUCAUUGAGUCAACUGAAUCUGAGACACCUGGUUCAACAUCUAUGAAGCUUCGUGUUGGUGUUACUCCCAAGUCAACUCGUGGUAGCUCCAUUUUUUCACCCGGAGAAGCAUUUUGGAAUGAAGCAAUCCAAGUUGCUGAUGGUUUGUUUGCGGGAAGUGAUAAAUUUUCUUUUCAAGCAGCACUAGAGUCCGACGCUUUGAAAAAUCAUAAUGAGGUAAUCAAUUCCAAUAGUCUUGGAAAUGGAGAGUGUGGCAAUAAGUCCCACCAAAUAUUUAAUGAAUGUAUAGAGACAGUUUCUGAUGCCGGUGUUGUUUCUGCUGUUGGUUCAUUGAGGAAGUUGGGAAAAGAUCUGGAUGGAGAGAAAUCCCCAAUGCCUGUUAAGCAUUUUGAUUUUGCCUCUGACGAGAAAAAUCUCGAUUCUGUACAAUCUCACAGAAGUAACAUGGAUAUCCAGACUAUUAGUGGCAAAAGAACUGGGUCCCAAGAUCAUGUAAGUUUGAGGGGAUAUCCUGUUCUCAGCCCUCGCAAGGCAGCUCAAGCAAAAGGGAAUAUCCUUGAAGUUCAAAACAAGACUCCGAAAUGUCCUGUUUCCAAGAGUAAGGAUGUGCUUAUCCAGGAUACUGAUAUAAUGGCAUCAACAACACCUCCAGAGAAGCUUAAUAUUUUUACAGCUAAUUCCUUAUCAAGUAAAGACACUCCUUCAAGUAUUGCACCACUAAAGAAUCAUUCAGAUCUCAACCAUUGGCUACCUUCUGAAAUAUGCAACAUUUACAGGAAAAAGGGUAUUUCAAAAUUGUACUCAUGGCAGGUUGAUUGUCUUCUAGUGGAUGGAGUCUUGCACAACCGGAAUCUUGUAUAUUGUGCUUCUACCAGUGCUGGUAAAAGUUUUGUUGCUGAGAUAUUAAUGUUACGGAGAAUCUUAUCAUCCGGAAAAAUUGGUCUUCUUGUACUUCCAUAUGUGUCCAUUUGUGCAGAGAAGGCAGAACAUCUUGAGGUCCUUCUGGAACCAGUUGGGAAGCACGUUCGCAGUUAUUAUGGUAAUCAGGGAGGUGGUAGUCUCCCAAAGGAUACCGCUAUAGCUGUCUGCACUAUAGAGAAGGCAAAUUCCUUAGUUAACCGACUGCUAGAAGAGGGCCGUUUGUCAGAGCUUGGUAUCAUAGUGAUUGAUGAACUCCACAUGGUUGGAGACCAGAAUAGGGGUUAUCUAUUGGAGUUGCUGUUGACCAAGCUUCGCUAUGCGUCUGGUGAAGGAAAUACAGAGUCAUUCAGUGGAGAAACUUCAGGCACAAGCAGUGGAAAAGUUGACCCUGCUGGCAGUCUCCAAGUUGUUGGCAUGAGUGCAACUCUGCCCAAUGUGACAGCAGUCGCCGAUUGGCUUCAAGCAGCUUUGUAUCAGACCGACUUUCGACCUGUUCCAUUGGAAGAAUAUGUAAAAGUAGGUAACACAAUUUAUAACCAAAAAAUGGAAAUUGUCAGAACAAUCUCGAAAACAGCUGAUCUUGCUGGUAAAGAUCCAGAUCACAUCGUAGAGCUCUGCAAUGAGGUUGUCCAAGAAGGUCACUCAGUGCUAAUUUUCUGCUCAAGUCGCAAAGGAUGUGAAUCUACUGCUAGGCAUGUGGCGAAACAUCUUAAAAGAUUUUCCUUGAAUCAACUGAGCAGCCAAAAUGAGUCAAUUGAUAUUACUUCUGCCAUUGAUGCCUUGCGAAGAUCUCCAGCUGGGUUGGAUCCUAUUCUGGAAGAGACUCUUCCCGCCGGUGUUGCCUAUCACCAUGCUGGACUCACGGUUGAGGAAAGAGAAACAGUUGAAACCUGUUACCGCAAAGGACUUGUACGUGUCUUAACAGCUACAUCAACCUUAGCUGCAGGGGUUAACCUUCCUGCUCGGAGAGUUAUUUUUCGACAACCACGUAUUGGUCGUGACUUUAUUGAUGGUACAAGGUACCGACAGAUGGCUGGUCGUGCUGGUCGGACGGGUAUAGAUACAAAAGGAGAGAGUGUGUUGAUCUGCAAACCAGAAGAGGUCAAACGAAUAAUGACACUUGUUAACGAGAGCUGUCCACCGUUGCACUCUUGCUUAUCCGAAGAUAAGAAUGGGAUGAUCCACGCAAUAUUGGAAGUUGUUGCUGGUGGUAUUGUUCAAACAGCUAGUGACAUUAACCGGUACGUUAGGUGUACCCUUCUCAAUUCAACAAAACCAUUUGAUGACGUGGUUAAAUCAGCACAAGAUUCUCUUCGCUGGUUAUGCCAUAAAAAAUUUCUUGGAUGGAGUGAAGAUACCAAAUUAUACACAGUCACACCUCUUGGUCGUGCAGCUUUUGGCAGUUCUCUCUCUCCUGAAGAAUCACUGGUUGUCUUGGAUGAUUUGAUUAGAGCGAGGGAAGGGUUUGUGCUUGCAUCUGACCUGCAUGUCGUUUACUUAGUGACACCAAUUAAUGUUGAUCUUGAGCCUGAUUGGGAACUGUAUUACCAGAGGUUCAUGGAGUUGUCUAUCCUGGAUCAGUCAGUUGGCAAUCGUGUUGGAGUUCAAGAACCCUUUUUGAUGCGAAUGGCUCAUGGUGCACCAGUUCGUGCAUCUUAUAGGUCAAAGGCUGGUACUAAAGGGUUGCAGGGAAAGUUGGAUAACAGAUCUCUGAAUGACCAUAUGCUCCCAGACGAGCACAUGCUUCGCAUCUGUCGGAGAUUCUAUGUGGCUCUUAUACUAUCAAGGCUCGUGCAGGAAGUGCCGGUUAUCGAGGUUUGUGGUGCAUUUAAGGUCUCAAGGGGCAUGGUUCAGGCCUUACAAGAAAAUGCUGGAAGGUUUGCUUCCAUGGUUUCUGUUUUUUGUGAGAGGCUUGGUUGGCAUGACCUUGAAGGCUUAGUAUCAAAGUUCCAAAAUCGUGUCUCAUUUGGUGUGAGGGCAGAGAUUGUAGAGCUCACCACCAUUCCAUUUGUUAAGGGUUCCCGAGCUCGAGCACUAUAUAAAGUGGGUUUUCGAACACCUGAAGCAAUUGCUGAAGCAUCAGUUCCUGAGAUUGUCAAAGUACUCUUUGAGUCUUCAUCAUGGGCUGACCAAGGUUCUGCACAACGGAGGAUCCAAUUAGGAGUUGCGAAAAAGAUAAAAAAUGGUGCACGCAAGAUUGUUCUCGAUAAAGCUGAGGAAGCAAGGCUUGCUGCAUUCUCAGCUUUUAGGUUGCUUGGACUAGAUGUUCCAACGCUUGCGCAGCCUGUCAUAUCUACUGCUGCUGGACAUGGUGCUCACAAAGAAGCUAGUACCUCAUCUGCAGAAGGGUCAACUAGUAGCUUUAUUAGCCUGGAGAAUGCGAAUCAAAUCUUUUCCAAAUCCCUAGAAAGAAGUAAGGAGGUCGAUAUCACUAUUCCUGAUGGAGCAGAAAAUGCAAAAAGGAAAAAAGUUGCUGACAAAGAGGCAUUUGAUAUGGAAGGAUCUAAUGGUCUUAAUGCUGAAGUUAAUGAAUCUACUCAUCAAAUUGAAAAUGUAAAGACUUCCCCUAAUCCAACUUUAAAAAUUAAGAGCAUCGAAGGAGGUGGUACAUGUACUGAUCAUAAUCGUGCUGGGAAACAACACUCUGAAGGAGCUGAGAUAUGUAAUGUAAGAGUCAAAGAAACAUCAGAGAAGGGCCCUAUGAAUGCGACUGCUGUUGCUGGUGGAUUUGAUUCUUUCCUGGGUCUCUGGGAAGCUGCUGGGGAGUUUUACUUUGAUGUCCAUUUCAGCAAAAAGUCUGCACUGAACAGCAUUUCCCCAUUUGAAAUAUAUGGCAUAGCCAUUUGUUGGGAAGAUUCUCCUGUCUAUUAUGUAAAUCUUCCGAGGGACUUAUUUUGGUCCAACAGCAGAAGGAAUAUCCAAUCGUUGUCCAUUACCAGUGAUGAUACUGGGAAUGUUCUACCACCAAAUCUUCAGUGGGAGAUAGCAACACGUCGAUGGAAUAGAAUUAUUACCAUAAUGAGAAAAAAAGAUAUAAAAAAGUUUACAUGGAACUUAAAAGUUCAGAUUCAGGUACUCAAGCAUCCUACUGUUUCAAUUCAGAGAUUCGGUGGUUUGAGUGUUUUGGUCAAAUCUCUCGGAGUGCAUCUUAUUGACAACAAUUGCUAUCUGUUGUCUCCUGUUCCCGUUCAAGAUGCAAUUGACUUGUGUAUAGUAGCUUGGGUCCUCUGGCCUGAUGAGGAGAAAGGUUCUAACCCUAGUAUAGAAAAGGAAGUGAAGAAAAGAUUAUCCAUCGAGGCUGCUGCUGCCGCUAAUCGAAAUGGUAGAUGGAAGAAUCAGAUGCGACAAGUUGCUCAUAAUGGUUGUUGUCGUCGAGUAGCACAAACACGAGCCUUGCGUUCUGUUCUAUGGAAACUAGUCAUUUCUGAAGGACUUGUUGAGGCAUUUGGAGCAACUGAAAUGCCAUUGGUCAAUGUUCUUGCAGACAUGGAGCUCUGCGGAAUAGGUGUUGACAUGGAAGGAUGCCUACAGGCACGACAAAUUCUAGGAAGAAAGCUGAAGAUUCUGGAAAAGGAAGCUUACAAGUUGGCUGGCAUGACUUUUUCAUUGUACACAGCAGCAGAAAUUGCGAAUGUACUCUAUGGGCAUCUACAGCUUCCUAUUCCAGAAGGACGUAAACAAGGAAAACAGCACCCUAGUACCGAUAAGCAUUGCUUGGAUUUGCUAAGGAAUGAACAUCCAAUAGUACCGAUAAUUAAAGAGCACCGUACCCUAGCAAAACUCUUGAAUUGUACAUUGGGGUCAAUCUGUUCACUUGCCAGACUAUCUAUGAGGACACAGAGGUACACACUGCAUGGUCAUUGGCUCCAGACGUCAACAGCAACAGGGCGACUAUCAAUGGAGGAACCUAAUCUUCAGUGUGUUGAACAUAUGGUUGACUUCAAAAUGAAUAAUAAGGAUAAAGACGUUUCUCCGCUAGAUGUCAAUAAUUAUAAGAUCAACGCUCGUGAUUUUUUUGUAUCCACUCAGGAUAAUUGGUUACUGUUAACAGCAGAUUAUUCCCAGAUAGAACUGAGAUUAAUGGCCCAUUUCUCUAAAGAUUCCUCUUUGAUCGAACUGCUUAGGGAACCCCAAGGUGAUGUCUUCACCAUGAUUGCUGCAAAAUGGACAGGUAAAAUAGAGUCUAUUGUGAGUCAAGAGGAGCGAGAUCAAACUAAAAGGUUGGUUUACGGCAUUCUUUAUGGAAUGGGGGCUAAGAGCCUUGCAGAACAAAUCGAUUGUACUGCAGAUGAAGCUGCUGAAAGAAUCGAAAGCUUUAAAAGAUCUUUUCCAGGUGUUGCUUCCUGGCUACAGGAAGCAGUUACAUCUUGCCGUGAGAAAGGUUAUAUAGAAACCCUCAAGGGACGAAAGCGUUUCUUGUCAAAAAUAAAAUUUGGAAACAAUAAGGAAAAGUCUAAAGCUCAGAGGCAAGCUGUGAAUUCCAUCUGCCAGGGGUCAGCUGCAGACAUUAUCAAGAUUGCAAUGAUAAACAUCCACUCUGUGCUUGAUCAUUUUGAGAAAUCUCUGUCCCAUUCUGCGGUUGAUGAAAAGUUUCAUGAGCUUAAAGGACGUUGUCGGAUCAUUUUACAGGUUCAUGAUGAAUUAGUACUUGAGGCUGAUCCUUCUGUUGCAAAGGAAGCUGGAUUGUUGUUGCAGAUGAGCAUGGAAAAUGCUGUUUCUCUUCUUGUCCCGCUGCAUGUGAAACUGAAGAUUGGGAGCACAUGGGGAUCGUUGGAGCCUUUCCAGGCCAGAGAAUGAAUAGUUUCCUGGUGGGACUAUACUGGGUUUGUUGUUGGUGGUGAAGCAGUUUCCUCUCAAACAAGACCUAUCUAACAGACCAAGCAAUGAUGUUCACAGGGGAUGCACCUGUAUAACUUCAUGUGAAUUAGCUGGUCAUCAAGGUUAUAAUGUGCUCUUUGUUGGCGUGUCUCAUAAUCUCACAAUUUCUGUACAAGCAAAGGAUCUAAUUGAUGGAUCAGGUUACUUGAAGGAAGUGGGAAGGACAGAAGGGACUUUUCACUAUAUUGAACAAAUCUGCACUUGUUGGUGCUCUGAUAAUUUUGUACAACUGUGACAUUGAAGUAAGUAAUAUUGUGAUGAGGGUGCACAGAACCAAGGCCGCUUUCAAUAUUUUUGAGAGCAUGAGAUGUCAAGACUCUGCUGAUGAGAUUUUCCUGAUUGUCUCCUUAGCAUGCUGCUUCAUGGUGUUGGAAGCCGACAGGCAUCUUAGAAGUCGAAUGUGCUUGAUUAAUGAUGAUAAGGGUUUUUCCUCAUUCUCGUUGAUCUCAGAGAAAGCGGAUGCUUAAAAUUGAAGUGUCAAUUAAUGGCAGGGCAAUACCUAUCAAGAGAACCACGGAGUUGGUCCAAAUGGUGGAAAUUUCUUGGUUAAUGCUUGAUGCUUAAAUUUCAAAUCCUACUGGAGCCAUAUUCGUUAUUCAAGCUUGUGUUGGCCAUGGGAUACCAACCUUGUGGGGUGAUUCAUUCUCUUUAGUCGUGCCAUGAAGGAUUUCCAUGGGUUUAUUUGUCACCAAAAACCGAAAAGACAAGGGAAAAAGAAAUUUACAGGGAAGCAUUAAGCAUAGGAUAAUUACAUUUUCAUUGGCUAAGCUCUCACAAUUUAGUCGAUGAAGAUCUCCAGGAACAUUUCGGGAUUCUAUGAAUUGCGAGGAUAUUGAAUAUGUCUUCUAGUGCAUUUUCUGCUGUAUGUUCAGCUAAUGCAUGUGGAAUUGGUUAAUAAUGUUCGAGAAUGUUAAUUGCUAUUUUUUUGUCUCUCUGACGGAGGAACAAUCUGGGGGACCUGCAAGAUCCACAUCCUGUCACAUCAUUAGCAGAGAGGAGAGAUAAAUCAAUCUCAAAGGGUUGGGGUCUGAAGGUAUGCCGCAGUGUUAGAAGCUUUCCUGGCAGUCAAAUUUGAAAAUAUAGAGCUCACCCAAAAAGGCUGUUAUCAUUUCUUGGAAGACCUCAUUGGAAGUUACUGUUACUGUGACACACGAGAAUUAGAGAAACGGCUGUCAUUUGGUUAAUGAUCCUGCAGAGGAGACUUCAAAAUUUUAAUUAUGACUUGCAUUUCUCUAGGUUGGUGUUUGUAUCAGAAAGGUGCAUGGGUAAGAGUUCUGGCACUUUGAAUCGGCUUGGAGUUCGAGGGAGACAAUCAGUGGAGUUUUGAUGGUAAGGCGAAUCCAAAUUAAUUUUAAGUCUAUUUUUUCUUUAAUCCAGAUUGAACCUAGCAGAGAUUGAACUAAAAGAAAAUAAAGAGUUGCAAGACAUUUUUGAAACCAUUGAACUAAUACAAAAUAGAAAACAAUGUUGACUUCAGAUCCAGUGGAUGCUAAUUUAUAGCAGUGAUAUUUCAUGCAGUGUUCGAUUGCUUGUAUUGUAACCCUGAUCUGAGACAACUGAUCACUUAUUCUUUUCUUGUUUCAAACCACACCAAUUCACUCUAAA